AUGAGCCUUAUAUUUGCUGCAUAUGAGCCUUAUAUUCUGCUAGAUAUGAUUAUGGAACUAUUCAAAAUAUUCUCUAUGCGCAUAUUUAGAGAGUUUUUUUGUGUAUUUGGCUGGGUUCAACCUCUACGACCACAGAAAGAUAUCACCUUUCUUACUCUAUGCGAUGGUACAGGAUAUCUUCAAGUUGUUCUUUCAGGCCGCGUCGUAAAAUCAACCGUAGAACUUGUAGGAAUGCUUCAAGUUGUGCCAGAGGGAGAGACCGCUCCUGGUGGACACGAAAUUAUUGUCAAUCACUGGCAACUUGUAGGGGCUGCACCCCUAACCAAAACCAACCCUUCGAUCCAAGCUGAUCUCUGCCAUUUAGUCCUCCAUGGUGAAGUUGCAUCUGCAGUACUUCAACUGCGCGCGGCCCUUCCGGCUGCCUUCCGCCAAACAUUUGUUAAACAUUCUACUAUUGAGGUGACACCGCCGUGUCUUGUGCAAGCCAUGGUUAAAGGUGGCGCGACGUUAUUCAAAUUAGACUAUUACGGCCAGCUUGUGUUUUUGACGCAAAGCUCCCAGCUAUACCUCGAAACGUGCUUACCAGUUGUGGGUGAUGUGUUUUGCGUGCAAGAGAGCUUCCGGGCAGAGAACAAUCACACACGACGCCAUCUGAGCGAGUAUACCCACUUAGAGGCUGAACUCGGAUUUAUCAACUUUGACGAUUUAAUGAUUGAGGCAGUGAUCUGCGAAUCAGUAGACAUUCUUCUUGCCAAUCCAAGUUCUGCCGCGCUUAUCAAACAGCUUAAACCGAAACUCCAACCUCCUGCACGCCCCUUCCUACCUCUCUCCUAUGUGGAUGCCAUAAUCUGGCUCAACGAACAUGGAAUCAAAUGUCCUGAAGAGGACAAGGAUGGGAAUGCGAUCAAGGAUGAAAACGGGAAAGACAUCAUGGUUGAACACACUGUAGGCAAUGAUAUCGCUAAAGCUGCAGAGCAGAUGACGGACAUCAUUGGGAAGCUGGUCUUCCUAUAUAGAUUCCCCGCGGAGCUGAAAGCAUUCUAUAUGAAGAGGAUGCCACAGAAAGAAGGUAGCAAUGUGGUGUUCACUGCGAGCUGUGAUCUACUGAUACCCAACGUUGGGGAGAUUGUUGGCGGUUCAAUGAGGAUAUCAGAUUACGACGAGCUGAUUACUACGUACAAACAGGGAGGAAUGGAUCCCUCUAUAUAUUAUUGGUACACGGACCAGAGGAGGUACGGUACUUGUGAGCAUGGGGGAUAUGGAUUGGGAGUCGAGCUUGGCUGGCAGACCGCUACACCAUUAGAGAAUGCUCACUUUACCCAAGGUCAGUCCAAUUCCGAAAUUGAUUACAUGAGCACUUAUCAUAUUGUGUGCAGAUGGCCCGAACGAGCUACGCCUUGA